UUCUUCUAUUAGGGUUCUUCCUUUCCUCUAUCACCAAUCUCCCCCGUAGUAUCACUCCUCCGCCAUGGGGACGCUCGUCGGCCAUGUCGCGCCUGGCAUCGGAUUCGCGCUCAUCGGCCUCUGGCAUCUUGUCAACAUCGUCAGGAGCUACAUCGAAUCGCCGUCGGGAUUCGAGGCCCGCCCCUGGUUCCCGGUAAAAAUCUCCAGGAGAUCGCGCUUCUCCUCGCGAUCGAUCGUCGUCUACGCGGAGCUCUACCUCAUAAUCUUCGGAUCCGCGCUCUCCAUCGCGUCGGAGCUCUUCAUCUGGCCCGAGAAGCACCAGCCGCUUGCCGACGAUCUCUCCAUCCCGGCCAAUCACCUCAACAAUUUCGAGCACUCGUCCAUGUCCUUCUUCUUCCUCGUCUACGCGGCCGUGGCGCUCGUCACGAAUCUCCUCAAUCUGGCGCUCCCGCCGGGGACGCUCCAUCUCUUGGCGGCCCUAGCAUUCAGCCAGGAGCUCCUCCUCUUCCAUUUCCACUCGGCAGAUCAUAUGGGACUCGAAGGACAGUAUCACUGGCUGCUCCAGCUCGCCAUCGCGAUUUGCCUCCUGUGCACCGUCCUGGAAAUCUCUCGCCCGAGCUCCGUCUUGCCGGCGCUCGUCCGCGCGGUAGGGAUUCUCUUCCAGGGACUGUGGCUGAUCCAGAUGGGGCUCGUGCUCUGGAUUCCAAGAUUUGUUCCCACUGGCUGCCGGAUGGUCUCGGAGGACGAUCACGACGUUGUGCGCUGCGCCGACGAGGGAUCCACGAUGCGAGCCAAGGCGCUUGCCAAUCUCCAGUUCUCCUGGUACCUGGCCGGGGUCGUGAUCUUCUCCAUCGCGCUGCUGUGCUCCUUGAUCCAGCGAUCGCGCUCGCGGCACGGAAAUGAGUACGCGAGGAUGGAUUCCAGCGAGGGCGAGCAGGAAUUUCGGCACAAGAGCUCCGGAUCGCACAGCUCCAUCGAGAUGGAGGAGGGAUUUCCAGCGCUGGAGCUGGGGCGAUGAUGGACAAUCGGCUGGACAGAUGGAAGAUGCUCGAGCCGAGGUGAGAUAGCUCCCCAGAAAUUUGGAUUGGAAUUCCCCCCCUUUAGAGUGUUUCCUGUCUGUCUAUUCUACCGUCGUCUUCUACCAAGAUGUACAAAAGACCAAAUUGAAAAGAUUCCGUGUU